CUCCAACCGCGACAUGAGCACCGAACCAGACGAAUUCGAUCUUAUCCCGGACGAGUUUCAAGAUGAGCGAAUUGAUUGGGCUCAACUUCUAUCUCAGGGAACUCCCGCUGUUGCUCCCAUGCCAUCGUCUUCACCCGAAUAUUACGCAACGUCCUUGGAUGAUGAUGUCCUCGCUGAGCUUGACAUUCUAGAUGGAACUGCUGCGCGAGCCCAAUCCUCGUCAAUGCCGUCCUUUGGUCCGGCGGGCUUAACAUCGAAUAUCAAGUCGAAAACCGCAUCUACUCGGAAAGUACUAUUUGACUCAAAACGAGUCAAUAUCUCCGAUUCGCCCCGAAAGAAACGAAGGAAAUGUUCUCACCCAUCAACAAGUCUAAUUUCGAGUUUGGAGGACGAGGUCACUUGCGCAAUAUGUUGUGAUCUACUAGUGGCAGCGCAAGUGUUGAAUCCGUGUGGGCAUACUUUCUGUGGCGAAUGCGCAUGGGAGUGGGUCAUGAAACGGAGCAACGUCCGCUGUCCAUUUUGUCGGAAACGUCUGGCAAACAGUCCGAUGACUCCGAACAUUGCUCUGAACCACGUCGUCGAUUUGCAUAUCCGAAUACGAGCCAGUCAGGAUGAUAGAUGGUGCCGCGGAGGCUCUAGACUUCUGGAGUUCCAGGCGCGGCAAAAACGGUGGCAAGACUCUUGUGCUACUCGUUUGCUGCGGUUAGCCAACAUGAGGAAUCGCAUCGUGGUGGAAGACGGAGAGGAAAGCGGUUAUGCUCCGGGAGACGAUUUCGAAGACGACGACGACUUUCUCAUCGAUGGGCUAUGACUGGAGCAAGUUGAGCUUCCUCUUCUACUAUUACCUAGUACAAGGUCAAUCGAUCACGUGGCCGUGUGUGUUCGUGAUGGCAUGGUAGGAAGGCGCGGUGUCCUGCUUGCUUCAGCACUUCUCCCAUGCACGCCAUCUUCAAUCCGGCGCUGGGCGAAAUUCGGAAGAUACUCGUUCCUCCCGUGAGCGGUCUCAGUUUACGAUUCUCCGCGACACUCGAGGACUGUGACGAACCCGUCAAAAUUCAACUUUGGUCAGACAUCCCGAUCGAAGGUCGUUCUUCAGGCGAGUGGGGCGAACACGAUUUCGUAUUUUCUUCCUCUUCGCGUCCCCAUUCCGCCUUACCUGUGUUUUCCUUGGACGACUGCCUCAAUCAUGACACCACCACCCUCCAUUCUCAUCUCUUCAUACCACUCACACCGAGUCAGGGAGACUGCUCCCGGACCUUCUCAUUCACCUAUCGUAUACUGCACUCCUCUGGGCGUGUAGAAUGGUUAGGGGGUUUCGGGCAAAACGGAUCCAUACGUCUCGAACUCGCGGAGCAGCUUCCUGUCACUUUAGCGGCGGGCUGGAAGUUCGUGAAGGAUCGUGGCCAUUGGGAGAACAAUGAACGCAUAACUUCUCAGCCGCUCGAAGUCGCGAGGGUCUGUGAGCCAACGGAUCUGUCGCCCUUCGAAUUCUCUUAUCCCAGCUUUUUCAAUACCCAAGGCAGCCCGGUGCUUAUCUUGACACCUCGGCAAAGCUCUAAAUUUCUUCUCUUCCCUGUGCCGACUGUUCUAUUCGCGGCCAGAAGCCCGGCUCGCUUGUGCUGCGAUGCCCAGGGUGUCAUUUCAGCCAGUGGAACUGGAUCAUUGCUCCUCCUCGUGUGCUAUUCGAAGGAGGACGCGAUUUCCGCAAUCCGUGCGGUCGCGUCCCACUGUUCCGACCCUGCUCUGAGCAUCCUCCCCGGACCGCACCCAGGCUUUGUCACCAGAAUGAAGAAUUGCUCUGAACUUGUGCUUAUCCCGGCCCUGUCUCCUGUCUCCUUGGUACCAUUCGAGACUUCCGAGUUCUUCGCUGCAUCAGGCGACUGUCUCGGUCUGUUCUCUCCGACUUUACGCGUCGUUCGUUUUGUCGGUCGCUCCGAGACAGAGGUGAUGCUGUCGAGCGGAUGCUCUGCUGGUCAUUUGCUGCUUUUGCCGGGAUAUCAAUUAGGCCAGCCGGGCUGGCAAAUUGCUUUCGUCACAACUGUUGUGAAACCUCCACCGAGCCCACCGCCCAUGAAGUCUGGUACAGAGUCAUUUCUAGCUCUUGCGUUCCGCCCGCGACCCAUGUCGUCGAUUUGGAGUGCGCUGAGGCGGCACAUCCAGACGCUGAUCGCCCGCCUAUGGGGUCUCUUCUUUCGUAAUCGAACACCUGAGGUACAACCUAUCGACGAGCGAACUCCCUUACUAGCCGAACGACCUGCAUUAGAGCUGCAUCUGGACGCAGGCGAGACCAGACUCGUGCUUCACAACAGAAACCCGGACUCGCCUCUACCCCGUUUCGCUAUAAAUGGCCACGAGCUGUCAGUAGAGGCACAAAAACUGCGCAGGGGAUACUUCGUUGCAUUCGAAACAAGCGGAGGGAAUCUGGAGAUUUUCGCGUGA